CACCAGAGCCGGCCACGAUCCUCCAUAUCACUGUGAUCACGUUCCUGCGCUGCAGUCUAAGCGACACGAAGCGCUUUCGAGACCUCAACGGACCAAAAAAAAAAAACGAGAUUUCCUUAUUUGAAUUUACAUCGAUUAUUUUAAAAGGAAGAGGAGUAAAGGGUCGCUUCUUGCAGCGGGACAAGCUCGCGAGGCGACACCAGGGUGCUGACCGGGGGAAGAGCGAAGCUCUACGGCUUAUUAUUAUUAUAGCCGGGACACUGAACAUGAUUCCUGCACGAGGUCAUGGUACUUUGGAUUACUUUAGUUAGUAGUUUCGUCUGAAAUACACCACAAAUAUAACUACAACCUACAUCCCGUUUCUCGGUAUGAAACGUUUCUUGGGUGAAGAAUAAAAUCCUCACAUUUGCGCUGAGCGGAUGCUCACACUUCUGCGCGCUUUGUGCAGAUGGCACCUCCCGGAAAACUGUAACCUGUGGCAGAACAAUUAAAAUUAUCACUUCACAAUAUUCAUCCCUGCACUGGACCGACUCCAAAACCAUUUAAAAGUCAGAUGAACCUGAGAACUGAUCAGAAACAGGAUGCAUAGAAGCUGAAACCACGAGUGCGGGACUUUGGUGGUUGAAAUCAGAUCUACCGUGACUACAGGACGGGAGCUGACAGGAUGGCUGUCGUCGGUGUGAUGAUCUUUCUCCUGCUGUGCUGUGUGCUCUCCGGAGGCUCUCGGGCUGCGACUCUUGGCGGAUUUGGAGACAUCACUCUGGGUCCAGAGAUGUUAAAGAGUACGACCAACUUUAGCACCUUCCUACUGAACCGCUCAUCAGGCAUGCUAUUUUUGGGCGGCAAGGAUGCCAUACUGGCCGUGGACACAAACAACUUGAACCAACAACCAAAAAAGAUUAUUUGGGAUGUGCCAGAGGAUAAGAGGAAGUCUUGUGUGGGAAAAGGACAAACAGAGGUGGACUGCAACAACUACAUCCGCCUGUUGGAAUUUCUGGGAGAUGGACACAUCUACGUGUGUGGCACCUACGCCUUUGACCCCCAAUGUGCCUUUUUGGAGCUCUCCUCCUUUUCUUUGGAAAAAGCUGAGGAUGGAGGGGUGAAGAUGGAAACGGGAAAGGGCAAGUGCCCUUUUGAGCCCAAUCAACAUUACACAGCUGUUAUGGCAGAUGGUAUCCUGUACACAGCAGCCACUAGUAACUUCCUGGGAACGCACUUCGACAUCUCCCGGGCAACUGGCCCUGAAAACGACCGCAUCCGAACUGAGCGAGCCAUCAGCUGGCUUAAUGAUCCAGAAUUUGUCAGCUCAGCCUUCAUAGAACAAUCUGCAGAUAACAAUCCAACAGGAGAUGAUGACAAAAUUUACUUCUUCUUCACUGAGAUGGCCAAAGAGUACGAUCUAUACACCAAAGUCAAGGUGUCAAGGGUGGCACGUGUCUGCAAGUCGGAUGUUGGAGGGAUGAAAACGCUGCAGCGGCGUUGGACCACCUUUCUUAAGACCCAGCUGGUCUGUGAGGACAAACCGAGCGGUCAGCGCUAUAAUGUCCUAACGGAUGUUUUCACCCAGCAACACACUCCUGGUGAUCCCAGUAGCACACUCUUCUAUGGACUGUUCACCUCCCAGUGGGAGCCUGAAGCGGUGUCAGCUGUGUGUGUUUUCAGUCUUUCUGACAUAAGCAAAGUGAUGGAAGGUCCCUUUAAAGAGCUAAAAAAGACUUGUGAAAACUGGAUCAUUCCUGAACCUGUCCCUAGUCCAAGGCCUGGCCAAUGUUUGAAUGAUGCUUUAAGAGUUGAAGGAUUUGAGUCCUCCUUAAAGCUUCCUGACAAAGUGCUGACAUUCGUGCGAGACCACCCUCUGAUGGAGAACAGUGUCACUGCAGCACCUCUGCUGGUCCGGAGGGGAAUCACAUACACCAAGCUGGCUGUAACGCUGACUGGGAAUGGAGGAGAGCAAGGAGGAGCAGUGCUACAUCUUGGGACAGACCGUGGAGAGCUUCACAGGGUGGCAGUGGUGGGCCAGAAUGCCACCUUACUGCAGGAGAUUCCUCUGUUCACAUCACAGGAGCCUGUUAACAGUAUAUUACUCCAUCAGGAUCAGGCGCUGGUGGUUAGCCCCGUGUCUCUGGCUCGUGUCCAGGCUAAAGGCUGCGCUUUGUAUACCAGCUGUGAGGUGUGUGCCAGAGCCAGAGGACUGGGUUGUGUGUGGAGCACAACAGAUAAAGCCUGCAGGUCCACAAAAGCAGACCCUGGUCCAGGUGAUGUGGUGGAUGCUGCCUUGAAAAAGUGUGAUGCACGAGAGGGGCGUUGCGACCCAUCCAUCAGGGAGCUGCGAGUCUCCAUAGGCCUGCGCCUGUUGUUGCCAUGUGUCCAGUUGUCUCCCAGGCCCUGUAGUUGGGAGCAUCCUCCCCACAGACAUACCAGGCAACAUCACUCUGAUUUGGAGGUGGCUGUUACUGAGGACAGUCUUGGAAUAUAUGUCUGCACAUGCCAGGAGGGAGGACCAGGUGUAAGGGACCCAACACCUUGCCAAAGAGCAGCCUAUCAAUUAACACUGAAAGACCCCAGCGCUGGAGGAGCAGUGGCAACUGCAGGAAGUCGUCAUGUCCUGGCUGUGUACAUCUUUUUCUUCUGCGGGGGUUUAAUACUUGGCAUGUGCCUCCUGUACUUUUUAACCUCAAGGCGAAGCAGUUCCCGCGAGGGCCACGACCUGCCAGAUAAUUCGCUGUCAUCAGAGAAGGGGCGGGACUUACUGGGCUCCUCAGCCACUCCCCAGUCCCCGAGCAGUGACAGUCUGCUGUCUGACGGAUUCCGGCUGACAGAAAAACGAAAUGGGACCACAACUUCAACUACUACAACGACACUGCUCAGUAAUCAAGGAAAUGGUAGUCACCAUGGAAAUAGUUACAGCGGCACCCUGAUUAACAGUAACUCCAGCAACGGACAUAGAAAUUCCCAAUAUGGUAAUUGCAACAUGAAUAGCAGCGGCCUGAAGCUUACCUCAGAAAUUUUAGUAGCAGACCGGCUUGACGGAAGGACGGGGGAGUUGGAGCACGUGAGGCCUGAAGGGGGAGAGUGGGAGUCUCGGGAGGGGGACGAAAUGGAUGAGGAGCUGGGAAAUGGGUUUAGGGAAGAUAUGAAAGGACUAGAAGAAGAGCUUUCUAGCUUUCCGAUGUUUAAAUCACCAGCACCUUUAGUUCCGUGCGAAGAAAGCUCAAUAUAAAAAGAUGAUACAAACACACUGUUGACUGAACCACUUUGCAUCCUCCAAAUAAACUGAGUACCACUGGAGGUAAUGCAACGUGGGGAUUGCCAAAUGCCUUUUGGGAGCUGUGGGAUGAAAAGACACUUCAGAGAUUCAUGAGAAAUUUAAGUGUAUGUCAAAGCAUGUGAGAGAGCUUUUAUGUACGGAGAGACGUGUGAGACAGAGAACAUGUGGGAUUGGCCUCUAAUUGUGAGUCACUCAGAAUGGGAGCCACAGCUAAAUACAUGUUUUGGAUGUAAAUUUAAAAUGUAAAUACAAGCAAUCUGAACUGGAAUGUGAACAUGAGAGUGAGCUGGUUGUUGCGUAAUUCCAAUGUUACAAGAAAACAAAGAUGAAAUGUCUGUGUGUAGACAUGGAAAAGCCAUAUUUCUCCUUAACUUUUGUUGUAUGGUCUCUCAUCUACUUCUCCUGAUUGCACUGCAACAGAAAAGUGUACUUUUCUCUCUGCACCUUUCUCUCUUUCUCAUUAUUUGUGUUUCUCUCUCUCUGGAACUCCACUCAUGUCCCAAACCUUGAUGGAUCCAAAAGCACCAAAGGACCCCUGAGCCAUAGUCUGCCCAGGCACACUGCACUGGUUCUGAGCUUCAAAGAUGAAGAGAUGUCACUGUCAGAGAGACUAAGAAAGCAUAAGUUCAGUGCAAAGCCUUCAGUGACCUGGAUGGGGCUGUCCCUGUCUGCAAUGCAGCUGAUAAAUUUCAGAUCAUCAGAUUUGUGUUUAAAAAAUUGAAGGUGCACAACCGAUACAAGAAAACUGUCAAUGUUCAGACUUACCAUUACUAAAAAAAAAUAAGACAAACUUCUUUUAAAUGAUCUGAAAUUCAUUUCAGUGUCAAAGAAUGGACCUUUUUAAACUUAAAACCACCAUCACCUCAUUUUGUGAGUUCCUGUCAUGUUGUUUUGCAAUAAAACAUUAAACAGUU